UAAACAUGCAUAGAAUUGCACCCUCUGGGGCAGUGCCUGUGUGGAAAUCAAUAGAAGUUCGCUUCUGAGCAAGUUGUGUUCAGGGAGGAAGGCGGUAGCAGCCGCUUUUGUAUCCUGGAGACCGUCGCCCUCCGCCUUUGCGGGGACAGCAGAGGCCUCUACUUGCAUGAAUAAAACCCUGGAAAGACAGAGGAAGACCACACGAGACAGACGCCUCCCUACAAGGCGGGGGGAAUGCCCUCUCGAGUUGUCUUCUCCCUGCCUGCGCCUUUAAGGAUCGUGGUUGGGGGCGGAGCGGGGAGUGUCACUCCCAGGCAGGCGCUGGAGGUUAUGCGGACGGAGGAGUGGGACUCCUUGGGACGGCAGUGGCAACGGAUUGGGCUCUGGGUGGGCCUGCGGGGAGGAAGUGAGAGCGUACGGCGGGGGCGCUGCCAGCAUGGACUGGGGCACGGAGCUCUGGGAUCAGUUUGACACUGUUGAGCGCCACACACAGUGGGGCCUGGACCUGGUGGACAAAUACGUGAAGUUUGUGAAGGAGCGGACAGAGAUUGAGCAGGCGUAUGCAAAGCAGUUAAGGAAUCUUGUAAAAAAGCAUCUCCCUAAGAGGACUACUCGAGAAGACCCAGAAUCUAAGUUCUGCCAGUAUCAGGCCUUUCUUCAGGUGGUGAAGGAGCUGAAUGACUUUGCGGGCCAGCGUGAGGUAGUAGCUGAGAACCUUCUGACACAGAUCUGUGUGGAGCUUGCGAAGUAUUCUCAAGAGCUCAAGCAGGAGAGGAAAUCGCAUUUGCAAGAGGGCCGAAGGGCUCAGCAACAGCUAGAGAACUCCUUCAAGCAACUUGAAAAUAGCAAGCGCAAGUUUGAGCGUGACUGCAGGGAGGCAGAGAAAGCCGUGCUGACAGCAGAGAAACUGGACCAGGACAUCAAUGCUACCAAGGCAGAUGUGGAGAAGGCAAAGCAGCAGGCAAACCUGCGUAGCCACAUGGCUGAGGAGAGCAAGAAUGAAUACGCUUCCUAUCUGCAGAAGUUUAAUCACAAUCAGAGCCAAUUCUACUUUCUGGAGAUGCCACAGAUCUUCAAUAAGCUGCAAGAGAUGGAUGAGCGACGGACCCGGCGACUUAAGGAAGGCUACAGCAUCUUUUCAGAGACAGAACAGCAGGUUGUGCCCAUCAUUGGCAAGUGCUUGGAAGGCAUGAAGGCAGCAGCAGAUUUGGUGGAUGAGAAGAAUGACUCGCAAGCGCUGAUUGAACUGCACAAAUCAGGCUUUGAAAGGCCAGGAGACAUGGAUUUUGAGGACUUCAGCCAGCCCAUCAACCGUACCUCCUCAGACAGCAGCCUGGGCACCCCCCGUGGCACCCUUGAUGGCCGACUGGAUCCUCGUCUGCUGGGCAAGAACAAGGGGAAGCGCUGGCUCUUCAGCAGGAAGAAUAAGCUCCCACCCCCUCCCCUCUCCCCCUUAAAUUGCCCCCCCUCCUCCUCCUCGUCUUCCCCUUCUUCAUCUGCCAUCAAUGGACCUCCAUCCCCCAAAUUCACCCGUGACCCACUGUCUUACUGUUUGAACGAGAUCAAUAAGACAGUCAAACCCCGCAUCACGUCCUUCCGCAGCCUCAAACGGGGGACUGUGAUCACAGAAGACUUUAGCCACCUGCCUCCCGAGCAGAGGAGGAAAAAGCUGCAGCAAAAGAUUGAAGAAAGAAACCGGGAGCUGCAGAAGGAGCUUGAUCAGAGGGAUGCCUUAAACAAGAUGAAGGAUGUUUACCAGAAGACACCCCAGAUGGGAGAUCCCAGUAGCCUUGAGCCAAAGAUCUCAGAGACUCUGGGCAACAUUGAGAAAUUGCGCCUCGAAAUCCAGAAAUAUGAAGCUUGGCUAGCAGAUGCAGAGAGCAGGGUGCUGAGUAACCGCCCUGAUUCGGUCACACGCUACAAUCGCCACCUGGAUCACACCAGUGCCCUGAACAACAACAACUGCUCACACGAGAAAGACAGUCCUGACACCAGUCACUCAGAUGAGAACCAGGACACCCUCAGCCAGCCAAUCUACACAGAGUUUGAUGAGGACUUUGAGGAGGAAUUGGCAUCACCCAUUGGCACCUGUGUAGCCCUCUACCAGUUUGAAGGUUCUAGUGAGGGUACUAUCUCCAUGGUGGAGGGUGAAGAGCUUAGCUUGAUGGAGGAGGACAAAGGUGAUGGAUGGACACGUGUGCGGCGAAGUAAAGGGGGUGAGGGCUACGUCCCUACCUCUUACCUGCGGGUCAGUCUCAACUGAGUGAGGGUGUAAUGGUGGCAUCCCAAGAGCUGUAGCUUGGAGACUACAAACCAACAUCAGGGCACAGGUGGAAGAGAUACAGCAUUGGAAGUUGACUUGGAAGAACUCCACCAUGUCCCCUGUGCACAGAGCCGGUAAAAAGAAGGAAUCUCACGCCAAAUCACUACUGCAGAGCUGUGGGAGAGAAGACUUCUUAUGGAAGAAAGAAGUGGGUGGCUGUUGCCCACUCAAGAUGAGAUCUUGGAUUAGAGCACAAGAGGGAGACUGGCUUUAUUAUACUCAUAUACCCAACCAGUCAUUCUGCCCCCAUCCCUUGCUACAUGCCUUCAAGGCAAGCAUAGCUACAUAUAUUCCUUGUGAAAUGUUCUCUGGAAGGCAUGGUUAACAAGCACCACCCCCUUUCUCAUUUGCCAUUAGUUACAAUUUUGCCCAAAAGGAGGAGACUAGUUUUCCUGACCCUAAACCUGGUGAUCUGCUUCCAGCCUAUGCAAAUUUAGUACUACACAUGGUUUUCCUUCUCUCAGCUGCACUGCUAGAAAGAACCAGGCUUCUCUGCCUGCUGUGGUGGAGAAGCCUGGCUGGGUGGAGCAGAGCUACCUCCCCUAGAGACAAGUUGCUGCUUUAUGCCUCUUUCAGUAGACUGCAUACACCCUCUGCAUACUGGAGGGGUGGGUGUGCAUGGUUUGAAUCUCUGAAAUUUCUCAGUACAAUGGAGAAGGGGGGGGGGGGCUGUGACUUCCUUCUUGACUGCUGCUAUGCCUGCCUUUGGCUCUCCUUUUGAGGAGACGUGGGGGCGGGGUGAGUGUGAGAGAGAGACAUCGUGAGAAUGGUUGUUUGGCAGGCUGCUCAGUUGCCAUUGAUACUUGUUAGGUGUGUGUGCACCACCUAGAGGACCUCUGCUCAGAGGGCAGGCCAAAUGCCAUACUGGCACCAAACCAACAUCCAAAUACUCUUCCCUUGAAAUGCACUUUAUUUUCUGAAUUUGAUUGGCCUGGCCCAUUCAGCCAUUCAAAAGUGCCUGCUCCGUGUUUCCUCGGAGCCCUUGCUGUCAGGGAAGCCAGGCAUCCUGGCCUCCUCUACCCCAUCUUCUCCCCUGUCCCCCAGCUCUCUGUAUCUGUGUGUGGUGGUGUGUUCUUUUUCUUUAAAAAAAAAAAAGACACUCUAAUGUACUAGCCUUUUUAUACAGUGACCAAUCUUAUUUUACCAUUCAGUUUAGCUUGUUACUCACAAACUGUAUGCUCUCCCUGGCUCCUACCCCUCCAUGCUUGGAAAGAGGGGGCAGGCUUGGGAGGAGGAGGAGGGGAGAGGGGCCUGAGCCAGUCUCUUUCUCAAGAUGUAGAAUGUAUUCCCGGGUCAUCCUGGUGCCUUUUUACACUUUAUGUAAAUAGUAGACGAAGUUAGCUUGUGGGUGCCUGUGCAGUUGACUUUUUUGUUUCUCUGGCCUCCAAGUGUGGGUUUUUAAAGAAGUUUAUAAAAAUGCUAGACUGCA